AUGGUUUGCUCUCAUAUCGAUCACCUUACGCGUCUUCAAACGCCCAAAUUAUCUCAGAGCGUUCAUCGGGAAGAAUGUACACAAUGCUUUGAUAACCAGGAUGGCCCCGAUGGUAUCGACGUAUGCCUCAGCUGCUUCAAUGGAGGGUGCCUAGAUGAGGGGAGGCACCAUGCUCACACCCACGUCUCGAAAUCUGGCCACAAGUUCACGCUGAAUGUGAAGAGGAAGCUCAGACCAAGGCCAUCGUCCAGGGGCGAGCACGAGGAGCCACCCGCGAAGAUGACCAAGCUCGCGAUUGUUGAGGAGCGCGAGGAGGACAAAUACGAACACUCUACGGCGGUCAAGUGCUGGGCCUGCGAUUCACAUAAAGGCGCUAUCAUUCCUGACCCUGGCUUCGAUUCCAAGGUCAAGUCUCUUGUAGACGGUGUCAUGCAGUCCCUUUCAUCCGCCCGCCAAUCCGAGGUCAAAGCUUGGGAGGAAGAAAUCACGCCUUGCGAGCACACACUGACUCUUGAACAGUUCGUCAGUGGGCACAUACCUGCGUCAGGUCUCGCACAUUGCAACGCCUGCGACCUCAAGGAAAACCUAUGGCUUUGCCUCACCUGCGGGUCGUUGGGCUGCGGCAGACAGCAGUUCGGUGGUGUUGAUGGCAAUGGCCAUGGACUCGCACACUUCGAAGCUUCGGGCCACCCAGUGAGCGUUAAACUUGGCACGAUCACGCCCGAAGGCGGCGCAGACAUCUACUGUUACUCCUGCAAUGAUGCAAAGGAAGACCCGGAGCUCUCAAAACAUCUGGCCUCGUUUGGGAUCAAUGUGCAAACACUCAGUAAGACGGAGAAGAGCAUGACUGAACUGCAAAUCGAACAAAAUUUGAAGUACGACUUCUCACUGACUGGUGACGAUGGGAAGGCUCUCGAGCCCGUAUUUGGCUCUGGCCUGACUGGUCUCGCGAACUUGGGCAACAGUUGUUACAUGGCCUCCGUCCUGCAAACACUCUUCUCAUUACCUGCUUUCGAAUCACGGUACAGAGUAGGCGUGGCGAACAACCAUGCAGAGACAUGUCCUAUUUCCCUUCCUGCUGAAUGCGUCGAGUGUCAGAUGAUCAAGGUCGCAGACGGCCUCUUGAGUGGUCGAUACUCCCAUCCCGCCCACUCUUCCUCCGAGGCAGCAGAUAGAUUGCAACAUCCGUCACCUACUCCAGUAUUCCAGCUCGGGGUUAAGCCGACCGGGUUCAAGUCACUUAUUGGCAAGGGCCACGAAGAGUUCGCGACCAUGCGUCAACAAGACGCAGAGGAAUUCUUCACACAUUUAAUUACUACGCUGAGGAGGGAUGGGCAAAAGUUCAAGGAGAGAGCUGUAGGAGAUCCUACACAAGUAUUCACUUACGCCACGGAACAGCGCCUACAGUGCACGGAGUGCUCUCGCGUGAGGUACCGUGGCGAUUCGGCGGAUGUCGUCUCUGUCGCAGUUCCCGCACACCAGAAGUCGGUCGACGCCGACGCCAAGCCAAUCUAUUCAGACGUACCCCUCACAGCAUGCAUCGAUGCCCUCUUGAGCACGGAGGAGCUAGAGUACAGCUGCCCGGCCUGCGGGAAAGGCGUGCGGGCGGUCAAACAGAGCAAGUUUGCGUCCUUGCCAGAGGUACUAGUCGUCCAUGCGAAGAAGUUCCAGCUGGUGAAUUGGGUGCCGGCUAAGCUUGACAUCCCGGUAAUCCUGCCUGAGAACGACGAGCUCGUGUUCUCGGAGACCCACAUCGGACGUGGACUACAAGAAGGCGAGAUCGAGCUACCGAACGAUUCCGCUGUCGCGCCUGCCCUCCCCGAGUUCAAUGCAGCAGCAAUGGCUCAACUCGAAGGAAUGGGCUUCCCCACCGUUCGGUGCCAAAAGGCACUCCUCGCUACGGGCAACAGCGACGCAGAGGCCGCGAUGGAGUGGUUAUUUGCACACAUGGAGGACCCCGAUAUCGAUGCCCCGAUUCAGCUCGCUAGUGCUGCAGGAGGAGCGAGUGGACCAGACCCAGACCCAAAUCAGGUCGCGAUGCUCGCUGACAUGGGGUUCACAAGUGCGCAAGCGCGCAAAGCUCUGCGGGAGACUGCUGGUAAUGCAGAGCGCGCCGUCGAAUGGCUCUUCAAUCACCCCGACGACACCGGCGAGGACGCGGCUCCAACUUCCACUGCUCCAGCAUCCUCAUCUGAACCGGCCCCGUUGCCCGGUUCAAAUGCCGUUCCAGCGCGCUAUCGCCUCCUCGCAUUCAUCUCGCACAAGGGCCCAUCUGUGCACUCUGGGCACUACGUUGCUCACAUCAAGAAAGGACCUGAGGGCGAUUGGGUGCUAUUCAACGACGAGAAGGUGGUUAAGGCAGAUGCAGAGAGCGUUAGGCAGUUGAAAUCCCUUGCCUAUCUGUAUUUCUUCGUGAGGGUGUAG